CAAAAUGAAACUAUUCCUCAGCGUGUUGGCUUUGGCUGUGGCCUCGGCAUCGGCCUUUGAAUCUGUUGUGCCCCAUAAGGACGCUCCCUUGGGUAGCGGUUCUAGCAUUGCGGGUCGUAUUACCAACGGCUAUCCCGCCUAUGAGGGCAAAGUGCCUUAUAUUGUUGGUCUGGGUUUCAGCAGCAGCAGCGGUGGUUGGUGGUGCGGUGGUUCAAUCAUUGGCAACACCUGGGUGGUGACAGCUGCCCAUUGCACAAACAAUGCCGAGUCUGUGACCAUCUACUACGGUGCCAGUUGGCGUCUACAGGCCCAAUACACUCACACCGUGGGCAGUGGCAACUUCAGACAGCACUCGAACUAUAAUACCAAUAAUCUGAACAAUGACAUCUCUCUGAUCAAUACCCCACAUGUGGACUUCUGGUCGCUGGUUAACAAGGUGGAAUUGCCCACCUACAAUGAUCGUUACAACAACUAUGCUGGUUGGUGGGCUCUUGCUUCCGGCUGGGGUCGCACAUCCGAUGACAGCACCGUCUCGGACUACUUGAACUGUGUGGAUCAACAGAUCAUCGAGAACUCGCAAUGCUCAUCGGUCUAUGGCACUGAUGUGAUCACCAAUGAUGUCAUCUGUACUGCCACUCCUGAUGGCAAGUCGACCUGUGCUGGUGAUUCUGGUGGCCCAUUGGUCACACACGAUGGCAACCGUCUUGUCGGUGUUACCUCAUUUGUGGCUGCCAAUGGCUGCACAGCCGGUCUACCAGAUGGUUUCACUCGUGUCACCAGCUAUCUGGACUGGAUUCGCGACAACACUGGUAUCUCUUACUGAAGAAUUCCCCCAAAUAAAUUAAUAGCUUCUAUCGAAAUAUCAA